CCUAUAACUAAUGCAUAUAAAUUGCAAGCCCUCAAUCAAAUGAGCCGAAGAGAACAUGCAGAAGUUGUAGCCGUACUAUCGAUGUGUCUGUAGCUUUGCCCCCUCUCGGAAUAUGACCACUCUAAUCGAUGCACAAUGAUAUUAACGGCGGUCGGUCAGUCUGUGAAGUAGAUCAUCUCGCUUCUGCACUUCACAAUUGAUUAGGAUGCCUUGAUCAGGGGCUGCAGACUAUUCUUAUAAACUAGUCCCAUCCUCUCGGGACGAGACGCCUUGGUACAUGCUCAACACACCAUGGCUUCCGCAGACACUGACCCUCCUGACCUGGGGUAUAAGCAAGGUAAUCUGCGGCAUGUAGUCACUACAGCAACAUGCUUUGCCUUCCUUUUAUCAACUGUUUCGGUUGCGCUUCGGUUGUGGGCAAGAAAGAUCACCAAUACGGGCUUGUUCCUUGAUGACUAUCUCAUUUUGGCGUCUUUGUUCUUCUUGUAUGGGAUUUCCGUCGCGGGUAUCGUCCUCCUGUACAACGGCCUAGGAACACACAUUAUAUACGUCCCUCCAGAACAACUCGUGAUCUACUUAAAGACCCUUUCAUCCGGCGCCUUCCUCUACCCAGCCUGCAUUGCCUGCGUGAAACUUUCCAUGCUAGCCCUCUAUAAACGUAUCUUCUCGCGCGGCCCUAUGGUCGCGUUAGCAAAUGCAGUGGCCGCCAUUGUCUUCCUCUGGGUCUAUGGGGUCUGCUUAGUCGCCGCAUUUACAUGCAUUCCGUUCCGAAAGAUGUGGGAUCCGACUAUUCCCGGUGGAUGCAUCAACCUGGCUCAGUUCUACUAUGGGCUGCAGAUACCGAAUAUCGCCACUGAUGCGGUUAUUAUCGUGAUGCCGAUGAAAAUGGUGGCGGACUUACAUAUUUCAAAGAUACGGAAGAUGGUGUUGUCUGGUAUUUUUGCGCUAGGAAUAUUAACUCUAAUAUUCGACAUAAUCCGUCUUGUCACACUGAUAGAACUCUCCAAAGCCGGAGAUGACAUUACCUAUAACCAAGUCUCAUCCAGCGUCUGGACGUGCAUCGAGCCAGCUGUUGGUAUUACUGCCGCUUGUCUAAUUAAUAUGCGUCCACUGGUGACACAUUAUAUUUCUGAGAGAGCGUGGUGGUCUAGACUCCAACCCAAGCUCUUAUCCUCGUCGUGGAAUAGCAUUGAUAAAUGAACACGUGCAUUAGGUUUCUGGUUUAUGCUUGCU